CUGGCCGUCAAUCCAAUUAUUUGAUCUUUUGUUGCAACCCGGCCCAGCAACUUCAGACCGUCACUCAAGAACUCGAUUUUUGGAUCGCAUAACACUCCAAGACGUCCAUCGAGCAGGUUCAAGGGAGCUCCUUCCUUAACGACAAUUUUUGCCCCAUAGCGCCAAGCUUCCGGCGACCUGCUGACAACGGCGGUUGCAUCGAACAUCUCUCUGCGCAUCGCAUCACCAAGCAACGCAUUGAUUCACCCCUCGUUACCACGUUUCACACAUAUCCCUCCCUAGCCGGGACUGCACCGCAGUCCGUCGACGGUACGGGAUCGACACGAAGCGACAGCCGACCUCCAAAGUGUCCCUGUCAUGAGCUUUCAACAACAAACACGCCGCAAUUACACCGUCAUCGCCCGACAUGGCAGACUUUAGCCGCCAGUCCGUCGACCUCCCGGUCCCUUCUCCCCAACAACCCGCACAACACGACAUGUUACUCGGAAACACACCUCACCCUGCCGGCGAGAGAAACGGCGCUGCCCGUCCAAGUAAUGGAGCUGCAGCUGGAGCCGCCACAACCGGCGGCGGCGCAAAGCCCGAGUUGUCCCAGCAGGUCCAAGAAGUGCUCGCCUCCGAUAUUGGAGUGUCUACCAUGUUAGAGAGACUGAAGCAAAGCGUCGCAUCUACCAAGGAAUUCGCCCUAUUCCUGAAGAAGAGAUCCGCUCUCGAAGAUGAGCAUGUCAAGGGCAUGAAGAAGCUGUGUAGGAUGACGCAGGAAAACAUGCGCGGAGCCGACCAUCGACAAGGCAGUUUCGCACGGUCAUACGAAGAAAUGCUUGCCAUUCAUGACCGCAUGGCCGAUAAUGGCCAGCAGUUUGCUGCGUCCCUAUAUCAGAUGCACGAGGACCUUCUCGAGGUCGCUUCCGUAGCCGAGAAGCAUCGCAAAGGCUGGAAACAAAGUGGGCUUGCAGCUGAGCAACGUCUUGCUGACAUCGAGACUGCUAUGCGCAAGUCUAAGACCAAGUACGACUCCCUCGCCGAAGACUACGACCGUGUCCGGACUGGCGAAUCCAGACAGGGCGCCAAAGUGUUUGGCUUAAGGGGCACUAAAUCGGUGGCUCAGCAGGAGGAGGACCUGUUACGCAAGGUGCAAGCAGCCGACACGGACUAUAUGGGCAAGGUGCAGGCAUACCAAUCUGAGAAAGCCUCCAUCGUGUCUUCAACAAGGCCGGAUGCCAUCAAGGCACUGCAGGAUCUUGUGCGGGAAUGCGAUUCCGCUACCGUUUUGCAAAUGCAAAAGUUCGGUAUGGUGGUUGCCUUGCGCGGGUCGUUACUAUUUGCUAACAUCACUCCAGCAUCCUUCAACGAGAAGCUCCUUCUCAGUAAUGGCCUUGUCAUUAGCCCCUUGAAGAGUCAAUCUAGUCUACCGGGUCAGCAUGCCCGAAGUUUAAAGGAGGUCAUUCAAGCUGUGGAUAAUACCAAAGAUCUGGAGGAUUAUCUCCUUGGGUUUUACAGCAGGGUACCACCCAAGUCUUUGGAACCGAAGUAUGAACGCAACCCGGUUCUUAACCCACCGACGAAUAUGUCCACGACACCGAUGGCGCAAAUGCACCAACAGCAAUCGCACACUCAGCCGCAGCCUCAACCCCGGCCAGAACGGCAAAGGUCACCUUCCCAGGCUCAAAUGCCGCCACCCGCCUCAAUGGGAUCUCGAACAGGUGCCUUUGAUACGUCGUCCCCCGUGGGGCAGCAUGCGCCUGUCCAAAGUCCAGGUCAAAACACGUCAGCCGCGCCACGACCAGGAUCGCAACAUGGACAUGAGAGAAGCUUCAGUCACGGAGCUGUGCUGAGUCAGUCAAACAUGCCACCUACACAACCAUACAACCAGAGAAAUUCGGCCCAAGCUGCCUCACCAUCACACCAGCGAUUUGCCAACGGUGGUAGUAUGGGUAGCAUGGGUAGUAUGGGUAGUACUGGUGGCAGCGUUAGUCAGUCUGGGCCGCCUCAGCUUGGAGCACUCCCAUUCCAGAGCCAACAGCCUCGCAGUCAGUCCCCGCCCCAGCAGACUGGACCUCCUCCCAUGAUGCAGAACACAUCCCACCAACAGCCAGAUUCAGUACGCUCAGUCUCACCACCUAGUACCGUAGCUGGGCCAGCUGCACCCAGUACCUCCAAAUUGAUGCAGGUUUUUGGCGUCUCGCUAUCACGACUAUACGAGCGUGACAGUCUGGCAGUUCCCAUGGUCGUGUAUCAGUGUAUUCAAGCCGUCGACCUGUAUGGUCUGGCUGUCGAGGGCAUAUACAGAUUAUCCGGCUCUCAGACUCAUGUCCAGAAGCUGAAGACCAUGUUUGACAACGAUUCUGACUCUCGCAAUCUGGACUUCCGCAACCCCGAAAACUUUUUCCAUGACGUAAACAGCGUGGCCGGUCUUCUCAAACAGUUCUUCCGAGAUUUGCCAGACCCGCUCCUCACUGCCGAGCACUACAACGGCUUCAUUGAGGCAGCUAGGGCCGAAGAUGACAUUGUGCGCCGGGACAGCCUCCAUGCCAUCAUUAAUGCCUUGCCUGACCCCAACUACGCUACUCUUCGGGCUCUGACGUUGCAUCUACACCGUGUUAUGGACAACUCUGGUGUGAAUCGCAUGAACUCGCAGAAUCUGGCUAUCGUGUUCGGCCCUACUCUCAUGGGUACAGCACCUGGGAGCAACAUCGCAGAUGCGGGUUGGCAGGUCCGAGUCGUCGACACAAUAUUGCAGAACACGUAUCAGAUCUUUGACGAAGACUAACUAGAGUUCAACACCAGAGACAUGUUAUCAGAACCGAGGUUGAGAUUUGUGGAGUAACUAAUAUGCACGCGGGGCCAUUUACAUACAGAAAUGCGGUGACUGGGAUCCGGAGCGGUACUGGUAGCCGGACAUUUUUUUUUCUUUUCACGACUCCGUUCUUUGCGCUCAUUUUAGCGGAUACCAAAGCUAGAUGUGAAUUCCACGGCCUUUUCGUUCUUGGGACCUACUUGAGCAUCUAGUUGGGCUACAUGGGAUACGUUGCCCUUGAUGCUUCAGUUGAUGAUAGUGUAGCAUAGUGUCUGAAUAGGGAUACCAUUUCGAUUUGAGC